GUUCCUCUCUCCAUAAGUUCUUGCACAACCACGUCCUUAAUUCACAGCCACUCUGGGUAUAGAAAAGUUGGAGGGGACAAUCAGGAAAUCAUGUCUGCACCCAGCAGAAGGAUCGUCAACACUAAAUCAGCCCCGGCUGCCAUCGGUCCAUACAGCCAGUCGGUGGUUGUGGACCGAACAAUGUACAUCUCGGGUCAGCUAGGGCUGGACGUGGCCUCUGGUCAGCUGGUAGAUGGAGGAGUGCAGGCCCAGGCUAAGCAGGCUCUCAUCAAUAUGGGCGAGAUCCUUAAAGCUGCUGGCUGUGACUACACCAAUGUGGUGAAGACGACCGUGCUGCUCGCCGAUAUAAAUGACUUUAACAGCGUCAAUGAGGUCUACAAAACAUUUUUCAGAAGUAACUUCCCUGCCAGAGCGGCCUACCAAGUUGCUGCCCUCCCCAGAGGUGGACUGGUGGAAAUUGAGGCGAUUGCUGUUCUGGGUCCUCUCUCAGACUCCUGACUAGCCGGCCAAAUUACAAACAAGCUGUAGUGUAACCAUUAAGUGACCAGAUGACACUAGGAUCGUAUUGACUUACUUCUUCCAUAUAGUCAGAUUUUUGCAUUAAUUUGUUUCCCCUCUGACAACUGUGGCUAGUUCAACUAUCUUCCGUAUUAUACCACUUGAGAUUAAAACCUUUAACAACAGAGCAGCACUUAAUUCAACAGAAUAUGUGGUUUAUGGUAAUUUCACACCUAACAUACUAUGCAAAAAAUCCAAAUGUAAUGAUAAAAUCAGUAUCUUUACAACCAAUCCAACAUUCCCUGGUCAAAGGAGCCAGAUUCAGGGUCAAAUCAACUUCCUUUGGGAUCUCAUCUUAUGUUGCGAUUCAGAGAAAUGGACACACACAUUUUAAAAGUGCAGCUCUCACUAAUAAAAAGUAAAACCUC